AUGAGUGUGCCUGACGCACAUGAUAACCAUAAUACGGAUGACAAUGAUGCUGAUGCCGAGAGGACGACAAUGGAAAUGUUGCUGAUGCUGACUGCUGCUGUUGCUGUUGUCAUUGUUGUUGUUUCUGCUAAUGAAGGCAAUAGUGUUGCUGUUGAUGAUAGUAGUGAUGUCGUUGUUUUAAUUCUCAUAUUAAUGCUAAUACUGUCGUCCAUGAUGAUGAUGAAGACGACAACAACGAUAUUGCCAGUUGUGUUUAUAUGUAAGAAGCAUGGCUUUCCUUUUCAAAUCAAUCAAAUCGAUGAUAGUCAUCAUCAUCAUCGCCAUCAUGGUCAUGGUGAUGAUGAUAACGAUUGUCAUGUCAACGCAAUACAAGGAAAUGUAACCGUAUCCCACAAUAGCAACAACAACAACCACGACAACAAAACAAUAUCACCCUCUGAACGUUCGGGAAAAGGUUGCUGCGGUCAAUGGUUUGCCGGUCCUCCGCUACGUGCCUUAAUAGCUGUGGUCGCCCUAGGCGGUGUAGCUUGUGCUUUGGGCGGUGCUGCAUUGGGUGCCACCGGUUUAGCCGGACCACCCAGUUCACAUUUUACAGCGGCAUUGCUAAUGAUUGGUGUUGGUGUGGUCCUGGUGACAGUUAGUGGUGCUGCCUGGCGUAUGACUGCUCCCGGUGGACCGCCUUGUCUUGGUUUGGGCUCCAGUGUCGAUUUGGGCAGAUGUGGUCGACGGCCCUGUAGUCGAGGUGGUGGUGCACCACAAGGUCUACUCUAUCCCGAGUUUCAACAUAGGCCACCGCCUCCUUCAUAUCAGGCCAGUAUGCAAGAAUAUCGUUUAAGACUACUACUUUUGGAUCGAGAUCGCCAAAAUGGCGUAGUUCGUGGCAGUUCACCGCCUCCCACUUAUCGUUCACAUGCCGGAAGUUUGCUAAGAGCCCCCUUAACCUCUACCAUACGCGGUGCAGGUGGCAUUGGCACAACAGGACGUGCGGAAAGCAGCAUUGGCGGUUCAGAAUACAGUUUUCCACCCAGUUAUCGUUCACGUAAUACCACACCUGGUACUAUAAGCAGUGAGCGUAGCAUUGAAACAGAACCAUCGGGACGUUUGCUGGCCAAUGAAGAUAUACCCGAGCCGUUGAGUGUGGAACAGCUGUCGGAAUAUAACACCUUGCAACAGAGAACGGUACAGGCAAGAUUGGGUACUUCAUCGGCAAAUAAUACCAUAACAACAUCAGCAACAACAACCACAAUUAAUGGCCAGUCCAAAUCCCAGUCAGAAGAGAAACGUAAUUCCCUACAAUUGGAUCAAAAUUGUAUUAUUACAAAGAGAGAAUCUUCUUCGGGUGGCGACAAGAAGGAUGAUUUGGUGACAAUUGUAACCAUUACACCACAAAAUGAAAUUGACACCAAUACGAAUACAGUGGAAUGUCAAAAUUCCACAAAUUUAGAGGUGACACAAAGUGGUUCAAGGGAACAAAUUGAAAUUUUGGCACAUCUGUAA